AUGCCACCAAGGAGAAUCAGAAAGCUGGGUGGAUCCACAGAUGAAAGUGUCAACUGGUUGAACAAUCCUACUCAAGGAGCAAGGAGCCUACCCGAUCCAAAAAAGCGCCGUGUCACGAAUGAGACUGCCGAGUACGACCUCCCCGUCUCCCCAGAACAGCUUCAAAGACAAGCCCAGAACGAGAGAAAUCUGAGAAGUCGUCGCAGAACCGCGCGACGCGAGCCAUCCCAGGACAUAUCUACCAGCGAGGAUCAAGAGGAGGAGGAAGACCCUAGCGAUGCCGAAUCAGAGUCAGACAUCGAACUGCCCGAUGCAAAUGACGCGCCUACCCCAACUGUGGUUAUCCGCAACGUCAGGCAGGAAGAGGUGAACCCAGAUGAUGGUCAGCAAGUUUUGGAAAACGAGAAUGAAGCAGAUCCAUUACCGGGGCCAAUUGAAUUGUUUACAACGGAGGACGAAGACACUGCCAUCGAUGAUGCUGUGAACGGUGACGGAAACCAAGUCGAUGAUCUAGCUAGCGCCACCGAGGUUCAAAUCAAUACUGGGUCUCCAGGUCUUGGGUAUGACGCUGGAUCUGAUGCUAGACCCAACACAGGAUCAUUGGAAAAAGACGAAGAUAUGACAAUCAAUGAUCUCGCAACUGGCACCGAAACUCAUUACAGAAACGAGUCCCCAGGCGCCGAUGCACUCGACCCUGAAUUUGAAGCUGAUUCGGACAACGAGUCAUCCGCUGAACCCCAAACCUCCGCCGAUUCUACGUCAAAACCUCGCUCUGCUGGCGAAAUACAGAUUCCAGAGAGCUCGGUGCAAACACGACUCGAGCACCCACAACCAAUCCACAAGCCGAGCAACACUUCUCAGUCUUCACAGAUCCAUUCAGCACAACCCUCAAGGAUAGCAGAAUCGCUAGGCCCAACAACACAGCCGUCCUCAAAUGGAGGACAUACGCGCCCUUCCCAUGAGAUCUUCACAUGGCUGGCCAGCACCAUCGAGGAAUCUGGCUUCAAGCGUACUUGGGACGUCCUCCACGAGACAAGAAGAACCUCAAAACAAAAAGCCGAUCCGCCCAUGAGAGAACGAUUUGCGCAUAUCAGACGGAUGAACACGCGGAUGCAAGGCCUCUAUGAGGAAUUGACCCAGAGUAACACCCCGACUACUGCGAUGAGAGAUCUUCGGGGGAGCAGUUGGAUCAUUUUCCAAGAGGCCCGAGACGAGCCAUCAAAGGGUGGCGCCUUGGUGAAUCAAGUGGAGGCUCACGUCAUACCCUGGUUGAUCGAACUGGUGUACUUCGGCUUCCAGGCCUGGAAGACCUGGAACGAAAAAGGCAAAGUAAAUUGGCUGAGGCGGCAUUUCCGCAUAAGUCUCGACCUGCUUUGGGGAAGUAGCUACAAGAUCGCGAGUUAUUCUGAUGUGACCUACGGGGAACGCAACGUUCCCACCCCGCUCAGGGGUUUGAUGUCAGCCGUGAAGGCCAUCAAAGAUGCACUCAACAAUGGCCGAUUGCGUGAGCUCGGUGGAAUACGUUCCAAACCACCAUACCGGCACUUUGAGCUCACAGAGGUGACGGAUAACAUCUCCCUUGAGCCAUGGAGUCGAGACGAGAAAGAUGCUCUCCGAAAAGCAUUCGAGAGUGCGGUUGUCAAUGGCUUCAAGGGUGAUUAUGUUUACAUUGAUAUCAAAUGUGGCCUUCCGUAUGGGGAUACUCUCUCCGAUCGCCUCUUCCGACAAGUCAAAGAGCAAGCUGUGAAACUGGGACUGGUUGAGGAGUAA